GUAAUAAAUAAUGUUCAGAAAAACAUUUGUGUUUUUUAAAAUUGUAUUCGAAAACAUAAAAGUAAGUAAAGUAAAACUUCAGUUGUGAUUAUUUCAGUUAUUAUUCAAUAGCUCGUGAUACUUGCUGUCAUUCAACCUUCUCGUUCAUGUUAUACUCAAACAACCAAUAGAAUCGCUGGACCGCUUGACUGAUUGAGCUCACAGCCAAUAGAAACACGACCAAAGAUAAGGACCUCCUAGGACAGCGUUCGCUGUCUCUUUCCGGCGCAGUAUGCUGGGAUGCUGAUGCUGAGGAGCCUUUCUGAUCUGUAGCAUCACUAGAGUUCAAUGUUUGUCGACAUGCUGUAUUGUCAGAGGCUGCAGCAUUGCGUUGACCUCUGUCUGGGUUUUUUCUUAUUUAUAGCGGGGCUGCAGCAGGUGGAAGCGGCCGCCGCCGACUCGGAGAUGGCCAACUUAAACUGGAAACCGUUCAUCUAUGGAGGGAUGGCCUCGAUUGUCGCAGAAUUCGGGACAUUUCCCAUCGAUCUGACUAAGACCCGGUUACAGGUCCAGGGUCAGUCCCAGUACAUGGAGGUGCGCUACAAGGGCAUGUUCCAUGCUCUCUUCAGGAUCGGCAAGGAGGAGGGUAUCCGGGCGCUCUACUCUGGGAUUUCACCGGCGCUUCUGAGACAAGCUUCAUACGGCACAAUCAAAAUAGGAACGUACAACUCUCUGAAGAGGCUAUUCGUCAGUCGUCCAGAAGAUGAGACACUGAUCAUCAACGUCUUCUGUGGGGUCAUAUCCGGAGUGAUGUCCUCCAUGAUGGCCAACCCCACUGAUGUCCUCAAGAUCAGAAUGCAAGCACAGGGCAGCCUGUUACAAGGCAGCAUGAUGUCCAACUUCAUCAACAUCUACCAAACCGAGGGCACUAGAGGGCUGUGGAGAGGUGUGAUCCCCACUGCACAGCGGGCAGCCAUUGUGGUCGGAGUGGAACUUCCUGUCUAUGAUAUUACAAAGAAGCACCUCCUUCGCUCUGGCCUCAUGGGAGACACCAUUUCAACACAUUUCAUUUCCAGUUUUACCUGCGGGCUGGCCGGGGCACUGGCCUCCAAUCCUGUGGAUGUGGUCCGGACCCGUAUGAUGAACCAACGGUGUUUGUCUGGAAGCCCCAUGUACAAAGGAACACUGGAUGGAGUGAUGCAGACAUGGAAGAAUGAGGGCUUCUUUGCUCUAUAUAAGGGAUUUUGGCCAAACUGGCUGCGACUGGGGCCUUGGAAUAUCAUUUUCUUCAUCACGUUUGAGCAGCUGAAGAAGCUCCCGUUUUAAAACGGGCAGGAUGUGGGACUGCGCUGGUCUGCUGGACCUUAUCAGAGAUAAGUGGAGUUUGAACACAGCAGAGCCAGAGUUUAUGUGCACCAGCAAGCUCCCGAUCUCUGUAAAUAAGAAGGAACUUCACAGUCUGCCUGCACUCACAUAAACCUUUGUUUUUAAUGUUUCUUUUUUCAUACCAUUUUAAUUUAACUCCAUCACAUUGGACACUCCUCGGGCAGCUAAGUGUUUGGAGAGCUGAUGAAUAAUGGAGAUUUAAUCAAAUAGGUCACUAGAGUCUUGUAUAGCUAAGCAAAUUAUUAAAACCCAAACAGAUUAGGGUCCUAAUCGUGUGCUCAGGAUUCCUACAGGUUUAUGUAUAUUUAUCUAUUGAACUAAAUGUUCUUUUAUGUAUCCAACAUCAUAAGAUGAGUCUACGAAUACUGGAAUGUCAUGGAAUACAUGAUCUGAUAUGACUGCACAUGGCUAAUGGAAAAGAACAGGUUUUAGAGCCAAGGUGCUUAAUGUAAUAUAGAAACAUAACUGAUUAAUGGAACAAAUGACCGUUACAGGGCUGGAGGUAAAGCAAAUUUCCUAGCUGAAAGGAGUUAAUGACGAACAUGAAAACAUCUCAGUUUUAAUGUGUAAAAAAUGUUACAGGUUGGGUGUUUGAGUUAGAAAAUCCAUCUAUAGGAAUAUAUUUAUUCCUGAAGCCAUUUUAGGAACCUUUUGGAAAAGAAACUGUCGUGCUCUGAACCAAAGAGAAAAAAGUGGCACAUUUCCUUUAUUUCAUAUAUUUAUACUUUAUUUUAAAGAGCUGUUCAUUUCAUGAAGUUUUAUAAGUUAGUUUUUCUUAUUUUGCCUCAGUAUCACGUAUUCGUUUAACUUUAUUCAUCUCUGUUGUAAGAUAGCCACGGGAAAAGGGUUGUAAUCAGAGCGCUAGCAUUUCUGUCCUGUUACAUUAAAUAAUGUAAAAGUCAGAGCAGACUGAUUGACCCGUUGGAGAUGGAUGUUCUUCCUGUAAAUCGGCUGUACAUUCAAAGCUUUGCGUCCAGUCACCUUCUUCUUUGUGCCAAACUGUGAUUCUUUCAGGCUCGGUUACAAGACAUCAAAAUAACGUUCUGGAAACUUUGCUUAUGUUGAGAAGACCAAAUUUAAUUUUAAACUGGCUUAUUUGUAAAGGUCCAAAUACAUUACAUCUUAAUAUUUGUUAUCUGCAUCACCAAACAUGUUUAAAGGUCAGGUGUUUUAAAAGCUAGAGAUGUGUAUUUUCCUUAAACAUGAGGUAUGUUUAAAGCAGGACGUUUGUUAGGUUUUAUGUCUAGAAAUCAUCUUGGGUCUGUGGACAUUUUAGGCACGGGCCAGUAACCAAUAAAAGGUAUAUUUUACACUGUUCCCAUGGUUUGAAGUACUUUAAAUCAGGACGUUAAAUCAGUUGUUCUACUUUGUAGCAAAAACCAUAAACCAGAGAAAUGACACUGAAAUUUUUAUUCAACUUCUGAAAAUUAUUCCUGGAAGAAACGUAACUUGAAAAAUAAAUUGUUGCAAUUGUUUAUUUUAUUUUUUUCAGAUGAGAAUAAGUUGCCCCUCUAGCUUUUCUCACAGUUUGAUUUCUUUGAGGUAUGGAGUGAAAGUUUUUCAGGAUGAGGCCUUUUAUGCAAUAUUUUAUUAAAUUCCCACCAUAAAUUCCCAUUUAGAAUAAGAUCCUCACUUUCUGUGUUAGUGGUUUAGUCUGCCUCUGAAAAUCUGAAAGGUUGUUGAAUGUAUACUGCUGUAACAAUGCAGAGAUGAAAGGGGAGCAUUGUGAUUGGUUGUUUCAAAAUGAAGAGAAUGUAAACAAAGUCUCUGUUUUAUCUGUUGAUGCACAGACAAAUCACUUCUUUAGUUCUUUUAGUGUUUUUUUCUUUAUCACUCAGAUGAUACGGGAAAUUUUGUAAUAUCCAACAGAGUUCCAACAUCGCCAACAAUUUGUUUGUUUUACACCAAAACAAAGAUGCACCUUAAAGUCACUUUGGUUUUGUGUUUAAAGCAAGCUACAAUGAGCAACACAGGUCAGAUGUUAAGAAGGUUGUCAUCAGCAUAUAGGAGAACUCAUGGAUUCUUGUUAAACGAAGAAAACCAACUGGUUUUCUUCGUUUCUGAUGGCCACAUUUCAGGUAUCAGCAAUUAGUGUAAAUCUUUAUGUCCAGAAAAAAUCUGUUCAAAAAACGUUAACAGUACUGGUCACUAUGUCUUUGUUGCAUGAGAUGGGAAAACAGAUUUAUUCAAAGCAUUUCAAAUAAUCUCUCAUAAAUCACAGCAUGUAGCUACUAGCACCUUUGCACAAUCUUGUAAAUGUAAAUGAAAAACGUUGUGAUGCCUGACUGGAAAUAAGUUAAAAAUAUUCUAAUGGAAAAAAACAAAAAAGUUAAAUCAAUCUCCAAUAUUUGGUUCUUGUCAAAUGUAAUGUCAUUUGGAGAGACUGUUCCUUAAAUAUGCAGCAGGGGAUUUACUCCCAGCUCACUGUUAAAUAAACUGAGAGGUCAAAAUGUUCCCUGUUUCUAAAAUCACGAUGGGGAAUAAUUAUAUUUUGGGCAUAUUUUUAGCUGAAAGCGUCCUGUUUGGUCCAUUGAUUUACUGGACUGAGUAGAGUCACAUUUCACUGAAUAAGAACGUGAUCAAGCAGUUAGUUCAGUUCCCUAGUAGAGGGCGUCUUACAGACAGUAGUCUUCCCUGUGAUUGUGUUGGCCAUAACAUGGUCAUGACAAAACAUCUCUCUGUUCAAUUUAUUAUUUCUUAGUCUUAUGCAAUAUUCACAUUUUCUGAGAUAAUGCAUUUUAGCCAUAUUCAUUAAAAUAAACAAACCGAACCCUAAAUUAUACCACUCUGUGUGUAAAGAUCUAUUUAAAGUUGAGUUUCACUGUUUAAGCUUUUGAUUAUAUUGUGAUUUAAUGAGCUUCUCCUGUAUUAUGUCACUUUUUUAAAAGCUGAUCACUAUGAGAUCUUGAUGUUUAGUCUGUGGCAUGCUUUUUGCUCAGAGUUUAGCAAAUGGUCCAAGUUUGCUUGGUAAAAUCAAAAGUUGGAUAUUUCAGCAUCUGAACUUGUGCAAUAAAAACAGUUUGCAUACAUCGACAUACCUGCACUAUUCAGUGAUCAGAAGUUUAAAUCCUAGUGGAUGGGUCUUAUCACACAUCUGGAUACAAUUGUUAUCCCAACAUUCCUACUUGGUUAACCUGGAUGUUUUCUCUCUAAAUGUCUGGAAACUCUCAGGAAGUUAAAGAUAGUUGUAUUUACAAAACCUGACCACUAGAUGUCAGAAAGGUUUUCCACUUCUGAACGCAUCUUGAUGAUUUAGCUGUUGCAAAGUCCUGAACAGAAUAGGUUUAACCUUACAUUUAUGUGAUUUUGGGAAAAUUUGCAGCUUUUCAUCAACUUUGUUCUCCUUUGAAUGUUUUUUUUUUAAAUGCACUUGGAUAUUAUCUCUCUGAAAAUACUUGAGUUUUACUAUCUGCUUUGUGAAGCCUGAUGAAAGCCUAUUGUGUGGGGACAGUUAUGUAAUAAAACAAACAAGCUUUGUUUUUAUUAUUAACUGGUUAUAUAUCUGUGAAUUCACCUUUUUAAUGGAAAUGUGUGAAAAUAGUUUUUUUUGUCCCAUUUUUUGCGGCUGUUAUAUGGCUUGUGUUUUUUUUUUAAGUUUGAUUUUGGAAGAAUUGGGAGAAUAUUUUAAAAUCUCAACACCUAGUUUCCCUACUGACGUGUGUCUUCCAACUCAUACAGAUUAAAAUGUCAGUACUGUCGCAUUAAUCUAUUUGGAAAUAUACCAACUGAUUAGUUAUUGUUGGAUUUAAAGCAUUUCAUUUCUGCUUGGAGAAAAACUCUGCAAACCAGUGCAUUAAACAAUGCUUGUGUUUUUCUUGCCUACCUGCUGAGGCUUUGGUUAACAGUUUCCUUCUGAUGUUUGAAUUAUUUAACAGAGGACAUAAUAAACUAAGAAAUCAAUCUGAUUGGAUAAAAAAACUACAGUAAAUAGUUCACUGCCAAUGAUUAUUUGCUCAGAUUCUAUCAUUGCUAUCUUUAUUCUUCUCACUUGAUGAAUGUUGAUGUUAAAGCUUUUAUGUGAACCUUUUUCUGGCAUAAUGGUUUGAUUUUAUAUAUAUAUAUAUAUAUAUUUACUGCUCACUCAAAUAAAUGACUUGCUCUGA